CGAGGUCACACAGCUAGUCUCACGCCCCACUCCUCCCGCCUUCGCCCUGCACCAUGGCUCCCGGCCCCUUCUCCUCGGCGCUCCUCUCGCCGCCGCCUGCUGCCCUGCCCUUUCUGCUGCUGCUCUGGGCCGGGGCGUCUCGUGGUCAGCCCUGCCCCGGCCGCUGCAUCUGCCAGAACGUGGCGCCCACGCUGACCAUGCUGUGCGCCAAGACCGGCCUGCUCUUCGUGCCGCCGGCCAUCGACCGGCGCGUGGUGGAGCUGCGGCUCACUGACAACUUCAUCGCGGCCGUCCGCCGCAGAGACUUCGCCAACAUGACCAGCCUGGUGCACCUCACCCUGUCCCGUAACACCAUCGGCCAGGUGGCCGCCGGCGCCUUCGCCGACCUCCGCGCCCUCCGCGCCCUACACCUCGACAGCAACCGCCUGGCCGAGGUGCGUGGCGACCAGCUCCGCGGCUUGGGCAACCUCCGCCACCUGAUCCUCGGCAACAACCAGAUCCGCCGGGUGGAGUCCGCCGCCUUCGAUGCCUUCCUGGCCACCGUGGAGGACCUGGAUCUGUCCUACAACAACCUCGAGGCCCUGCCGUGGGAGGCUGUGGGCCAGAUGGUGAACCUGAACACCCUCACGCUGGACCACAACCUCAUCGACCACAUCGCCGAAGGGACCUUCGUGCAGCUGCACAAACUGGUUCGCCUGGACAUGACCUCCAACCGCCUGCACAAACUGCCCCCUGAUGGGCUCUUCCUGAGGUCCCAGGGCUCGGGGCCGAAGCCGCCCACGCCGCUCACGGUCAGCUUCGGCGGCAACCCCCUGCACUGUAACUGCGAGCUGCUCUGGCUGAGGCGGCUGACGCGGGAGGACGACCUGGAGACGUGCGCCACCCCCGAGCACCUCACCGACCGCUACUUCUGGUCCAUCCCCGAGGAGGAGUUCCUGUGUGAGCCCCCGCUGAUCACGCGCCAGGCGGGGGGCCGGGCCCUGGUGGUGGAGGGCCAGGCGGUCAGCCUGCGGUGCCGCGCCGUGGGGGACCCCGAGCCCGUGGUGCACUGGGUGGCACCCGACGGGCGGUUGCUGGGGAACUCGAGCCGGACCCGGGUGCGGGGGGAUGGGACACUGGAUGUGACCAUCACCACCUUACGGGACAGCGGCACCUUCACCUGCAUCGCCUCCAACGCCGCCGGGGAAGCCACGGCGCCCGUGGAGGUGUGCGUGGUGCCCCUGCCUCUGAUGGCGCCCCCGCCAGCCGCCCCGCCGCCUCUCACGGAGCCCGGCUCCUCUGACAUCGCCACGCCCGGCCGCCCUGGUGCCAACGAAUCGGCCGCUGAGCGCCGGCUCGUGGCGGCCGAGCUCACCUCGAACUCGGUGCUCAUCCGCUGGCCCGCCCAGAGACCUGUGCCCGGCAUCCGCAUGUACCAGGUCCAGUACAACAGCUCCGCGGAUGACUCCCUUGUCUACAGGAUGAUCCCAUCCACCAGCCAGACCUUCCUGGUGAACGAUCUGGCAGCAGGUCGCGCCUACGACCUGUGCGUGCUGGCUGUCUACGACGACGGGGCCACGGCACUGCCGGCCACGCGAGUGGUGGGCUGCGUGCAGUUUACCACCGCUGGGGAUCCCGCGCCCUGCCGCCCACUGAGGGCCCAUUUCUUGGGUGGCACCAUGAUCAUCGCCAUCGGGGGCGUCAUCGUCGCUUCGGUCCUCGUUUUCAUCGUUCUGCUCAUGAUCCGCUACAAGGUCUAUGGCGACGGGGACGGUCGCCGCGUCAAGGGUACCUCCAGGUCGCCGCCGCGGGUCAGCCACGUGUGCUCGCAGACCAACGGCGCAGGCGCACCGCAGGCCCCGCCCCCGCCGGCGCAAGACCGUUACGAGGCGCUGCGCGAGGUGGCGCCCCCCGCUGCUGCAGCCGUGGCGGUGGAGGCCAAGGGCCCCGCGGCCGAGACGGCUUCCGCGGAGCCGGAGACCGUCCUUGGACGCUCCCUGGGCGGCUCGGCCACCUCGCUGUGCCUGCUGCCGUCUGAGGAAACCUCGGGGGAGGAGUCUCGGGCCGCGGCGGGCCCUCGGAGGAGCCGUUCCGGGGCCCUGGGGCCGCCAGCUUCGGCGCCUCCCACGCUAGCUCUGGUUCCUGGGGGGGCCCCGGUCCGGCCGAGGCCGCAGCAGCGCUAUUCGUUCGACGGGGACUACGGGACGCUCUUCCAGAGCCACAGUUACCCGCGCCGCGCCCGGCGGACAAAGCGCCACCGGUCCACGCCGCACCUGGACGGGGCCGGAGGGGGCGCGGCCGGGGAGGACGGAGACCUGGGGCUGGGCUCCGCCAGGGCACGCCUGGCCUUUACCAGCACCGAGUGGAUGCUGGAGAGUACCGUGUGAGCGGCAGGCGGGCGCCGGGACGCCUGGGUGCCGCGGACAAACGCCCAGCCGCCCGGACGCUGGGGCAGGACUCGCGGUAGUAAGCGCGGCGCCUAGUCGUCGGACUAGAGGCGGAGACUCGCCCUUGUCCUCCCCGGAGGGGGCGGGAUUGCCUCGUCUGCGGCUCUUGGCCACGCCCCCGGGCCCGCGGGAGUUAGGGGGCGGGCAGCCGGGCCCCCCUCCUCCACGGACUCCUCGCCCCCCUCCUGCCCCUCCCCCCGCGCGCUCGCGGACCUCGCUGGAGCCGGUGCCUUACACAGCGAAGCGCGGGGAGGGGCAGGGCCCCCCCGACACUGCAGCACUGAGACACGAGCCCCCUCCCCCCGCCCGGGACCCGGGGCAGGGGCGAGGGGCCCAUUUCUUGUAUCUGGCUGGACUAGAUCCUAUUCUGUCCCGCGGCGGCCUC